AACCUUUCUUGUUCUUCUUCAAUGGCGCUCCAGAACCAAGACCGAACCUCCGCCAUAGAUCCGAACAGCGGCUUCUGCUCCGACUCUGGGACCUUCCGCAGCCUCAGACCUCAAGCCCCGCUCCCUCCCGAAACGACGCCGCUUUCCGUCGCCGACUACGUCUUCUCCCACCUCCGCGCCUCGCCUCCACACCCGUCCACCGCGGCCCUAAUCGAUUCCGCCACCGGCCGCCGCAUCCUCUACCCGGACUUCCUUCGCCGCGUUGAAACUCUAGCAGCCUCUCUCCAGACCACCCUCGGAAUCUCCGCCGGCGACUCCGCCUUCGUUCUCUCCCCAAAUUCGAUCCACAUUCCAAUCCUCUUCUACUCCUUGCUCUCCCUCGGCGUUGUAAUUUCGCCUUCCAAUCCCGCGAGCUCGGAUUCCGAGAUUUCCCGCCAAAUCCAGCUAUGCAAACCGGUCGUCGCGUUCGCGACAUUGGAAACAGCUCCGAAAAUCCCUUCUCUCCGAUACGGCGUCGUUUUGCUCGACUCGCCGGAGUUCGAGUCCAUGAUGACGAACAGGAUUGGCGAGUUUCGCCGAGUCAAGGUGAGACAAUCGGAUACGGCAACGAUCUUGUACUCUUCCGGUACGACCGGGCGAGUCAAAGGUGUGGAGUUGACACACCGGAACUGGAUAUCCGUGUUUGCUGGAGUUUACGCGGUUCAUGGCCAGUCUAAGGCGGCGGCAACGUCCCCUGCGGUGGCGUUGUGUGCGGUUCCGUACUUUCACGUGUACGGAUUCGGGUACUGCACGAGGGUGCUUGCGCUGGGUGAAAUCCUAGUGACGAUGGGGAAGGGGAGGUUUGACCUGAGGCGACUGCUGAGGACGGUCGAGGAGCUUAGGGUAAGCCACUUGGCGGUGGCCCCACCGGUGCUUGUGGCGAUUGCCAAGGAUAUAAGCGUGAUGGACGGAUGUGAUUUGAGUUCGCUUGAGGUCGUUGGUUGUGGUGGUGCUCCGUUGCGGAGGAGUGUAAUUGAGCAGUUGAGAAAGCGGUUGCCAAACGUACAACUGGCACAGGCAUAUGGCUUAACAGAGUCAACAGGACGGGUGUUUGGAACUGUAGGCCUGAAAGAAAGCCUGGUAGAAGGUGCUACGGGAAAGCUAAUGCCAAAUUUCCAAGCCAAGAUUGUCGACAUUGAAACUGGCGCUAAUUUGCCUCCUUCAAUGCCUGGAGAGCUUUACCUUAAAGGACCAUUCAUAAUGAAGGGUUAUGUUGAUGACAAAAAAGCAACUACUGAGAUUCUUGAUUCAGACGGAUGGCUGAAAACCGGUGACCUUUGUUAUAUCAACAAUGAAGGUUAUCUGUUUAUUGUGGAUCGCCUAAAGGAAUUAAUCAAAUGCAAGGGCUAUCAGGUUGCCCCGGCAGAACUAGAGCAUCUGCUUCAAUCGCGUCUAGAUAUAACUGAUGCAGCUGUGGUUCCGUACCCUGAUGAAGAAGCAGGGCAAGUACCUAUGGCCUUUGUCGUAAAACGCACUGGAAGUGUUGUUCAUGAAUCACAGAUUAUGGAUUUCAUUGCUAAACGGGUUGCACCAUAUAAGAAGAUAAGAAAGUUAAAGUUCAUUGAUGCAAUACCAAAGAAUGCACAGGGUAAGGUAUUGAGGAGGGAGUUAAUCAAACUUGCAUUAUCAAAUCCUGUUUCAAAGUUAUAGUUCUUUUUAGAUGUCUUUAUUAUGUUGUAUUUCUUUUAUAAUUGAGAAAAAUCUACCAAUCUAAAUUCCAAAGCUGAUAAUACCAACAAAGCAA